AUGGCUGUCCGUACCACCCCAGACAGCCAAGCCGGCACGGCAGAGCGCAGCACCCGCAUCGCCGAGGCGGAGAGCCUCACCAACGACACGCCCAGCAGCUCGCCGGAUCGAGUGGACACAAAUGGCGGCGACACGCCCGGAUCAGCUCAAGAGAGGGAGACGACCACAACGGCGACAACACCAGACGCGGAUGAAGAGCGGCCCAAAAAGGUCCGCCGCAAGCCUAUUCCUGGCAAGGGCUUCCGCAAGUCGAGGGCCGGAUGCUUCAACUGCAAACGUCGCCGCGUCAAAUGCUGUGAGACGCGACCAGGCUGCCAGAGCUGUCGCCGCAUGAGACUGGACUGCGUUUAUCCCACCACGACAGCGCUGUACGACUUUCUGGCACACGCCCUGCUCGCCCUCGCGGCACAGCACCUAACUCUCUUCACCUCGUCCGACUACUCCGUUCAGGCUCUGGACCUGCGUAUCUCUGCCCUGCAGGGCCUCAACUCUGCAUUCUCCCGACCCUGUCUCACCGCCGCAGAUGGCGACGCGCGCUGCGCCGCCGCCAUCGCCCUCACAUGGCAGUCGUCAUACAUGAGCGCCCCCGGCUCCCUGCGCGAGUUUCUCGUCACCAUGCGAGGCUGGAUGGUCGUGGCCACCACCAUGACGCCCGAGCCCGACAAGUCGCUGUUUCGAGACUUCACUCGCGAGGCGUUUGUUGGCAGCAUGAGGCAUCACGUCGGCGCCGAGGCUGUCGACACGGGCAACGCUGCGCAAAGCUCAGACAGAGCCGGCGUCAUUGAUGGCUUUCUCGCCUCCCUGGAAAUCUUGCGGCCGCUUUGCGGGAGCAUGACGGAGAGGAGAUACUUGUCGGCGCUGGAAAAGCUGGGCGUCCUGGCUCGCACGUCGCCCCUGGAUGCGUUGCUCCAGAUGGCACCCUGCUGGGCCCUGACGAACAAAAUGACCGAGGACGAGUUUACCGACUUCACCCACCCGUCGAACCACGCCGCCCAGGUCCUGCUGGCCCACUUCCUCAUGCUCGACCGCGCGUUGGAGAUGCACUUUCUCGAGGCCACGGGAAGCAGCCAGUUCACCUUUUGCAAAAAGGUGAGCAAGGUUUGGAUCGCCAACAUGGCGUCCAGCCUACCCGUGGGCUACGAAAAGUACAUGAUGUGGCCACUGGCGCUGGCAACCGGCCGCGUCUAG